AUGUAUAAAAAAAUUACCUUGAUUCUUUGGUUAUUGGCGACCGUAAUUCCUUUUGUAACCCUCGCUCAGAAAACUUGCGAAGAAACCUUUAAUGCGACCGAGUGUAGCGUUUGCCAAAAAACGGUAUAUGAUGAUGGCAUCUUAUCUUUUUUCACUGGUGUCACCCCUUCAUCUCAAUGUCCAGCAAGAAUUCAUUUAAGCAACGUUAUCGAUGAAGAGUACAGAAAAGCUGGUAUUGAAUUGUCCGCGUUUAACAUUUCCUACGAUUACGAACCUUUUAAGUCAUCAUUGGAUAAGUAUUGCGCACUAGAGUAUACAUGUGAUCCAUCAGAAGUUGAACAAACCUUGGAAAAGCUCAAGACGGAUUGUGCCACUGAAUUGUCGGCUCCUUUGGAUUUUAGCGCUGAUCCCAGAACGCUUGAUGUCAAUUCGUUUAUGGCUUACGGUACAUUUCUCACUUAUUAUGGUGGUAUUCCAUAUCACGAAGCCGCUUGUCUCAAGAACGAUAAAGGAGAAUCUUGUUUUAACGAAAUUUUAAAUAAUGUGAUUGAAUUCGCCAAGAAAGAAAGUAAUGGAGAUACAAACAUUGCCAUAUCUCUUGAUGGGAAGACCUUAUACCUACCCGAUGGAUCCACCAAAGAAAUUCCAAAGGAUUUGAAUUGCGGUGAAUGUUGGACUAAAAUUGCAAACAUUUACUUGACCUAUAUCGAAGCUCAUCCAAUGGAUGAGCAACUUGAAACCAAUAUUUUCGGCGGUCCUGGUCAAAUGAAAGAAGAACUUUCAGCUGCAUGCGAGGAUAGCACCGAGGAUGAGGGAGUUGAUCUUGUUGAAAUAAGAAUUGAGAAGAGAGGUUCUGGGGGCUCAACCAGGAAAAAUGGUCGUAUGCUCCAACGCUCACUCUUGAGCGCAAUUUGUGGUGCAGCAGCAGACCCAUUAUUGAAGGAUUCAGCUUUGAAUACAAUUAUUUCAUCAAAGGGUCGUAAAAGUCUUACUAAAACACAUAUUAAAGCAACAACUAGUGAAUUUGAUAUGACAUUAAAACAUGAAUUCUCGGAAAUUGAAGCAUUGUGUGGUUCAAUGGAUUUAACAAAAGAAAUUUCUGAUACGACAAAACAAUUAUAUAAAAGGUCAAUUGAGGAGAGAUUAUUGCGUGGGAAAAAUCAAUUGGCAAUUUUCUCCGCAUGCAUUUUUAUCGCAUGUAGGGUUAAAAAAGUUGCGAGAUCUUUUAGAGAAAUUUGCUUUUCAUCACAAGUUUCUAUAAAAGAUAUUGCAAGAUGUUAUAAAAUAUUAUAUCAAAAUUUGGAAUUGAAUGUUGGUCAAAUGACUUCUGAAGAUUUAAUGAUUACAUUUUCUCAGAGUUUAAAUUUACCGAGAGAUCUUCAAAUCACCGCCACAAGAUUAAGCAAGCGAACCGAUGAUUUAGGUUUACUUUCUGGUAGAAAUCAAAAUACCAUCGCUGCUGCUUGUAUUCAUUAUGCAUCUGAAAUUUCUCAUGGUGGGAUCCCUAUUGACAAUAUCGCUAAAGUUUCUGGAAUGGCUCCUGGUUCGAUCAAAUCUGUUUACCGUUUGCUUCAUGCUGAACGAGAAAGCUUUCAAGAUAUAAUUGAUAAUAGAGAAAGGGUCAUGUCGUAA